AUGGAAAGCACCACCGCGGAGCCAAGUGUAUGCCUGGAAGCUGGGGCGGAGCAACUGUCAACGGCGGCAGAAUCAGGGGAGCAGAUGAAGAUACUGGUGGCGAUUGACGAUAGCGACGAAAGCUUCUAUGCACUGGGAUGGGUUCUUGACAAAUUCUUCCAGCAACCAUUGGCACUGGGUCAUGGUGUGCUCACAAUUAUGCACGUAAUUGAGCCAUUCCCCAACUACGUCUUCCCCGGCGCACCCACUAUUUUUCCAACAACUUCACUACAUUCCGUGAAAAAAGUGGAACAACAAAAUGCUUCAGCGUUACUCAAUCAUGCUCUGCAGAUUUGUACUGAGAAAAAGGUAGAAGCAAAAACUUCACUCCUUGAGGGAGAUCCAAAGGAAGUGAUUUGUGAAGCUGCAGGGCUCAUGCAAAUGGAUCUUGUUGUUGUAGGUAGCCGUGGACUUGGAAUGAUCAAGAGGGCGUUCUUGGGAAGUGUUAGUGAUUAUGUUGCUCAUCACGCAAAAUGUGCCGUUCUCAUCAUAAAGCCAUCGAAAGAAUCCCAAAAAUAG